UUAACCUUCCUUCUUCUAAACCUUCAUCGUCUCCUAGGAGAAGGCAGAUAAUUUUCAAUUUCUCUUUAAUUCCUGCCAUCCUCAAUUUGAAAUCAAAAUAACCCAAAUACAACACAGACAUCAAAUAGUAUGUUUUAAUGGCGCAACCCACUUUAGAUCAAAUCAAACUCCCAAAUGAAUGGCAAGAAUUUCAAUGCUUAUUCGAAUCAGGUUAAUCAACACCAUUUUCACUACAAAUCACCACUGCCCUUCAUUUUCAAUCACCUCCAAUCCAACAAAAAACCAACAAUUUUUCUCAUCAUCCUCAUCUUCUUCUAGACCUUCCAUUGUUGAAAAAUUGAAACCCAUUUUUAUUUACCACCCAAGCAUUGAGUUUCUCAAAUCAUGUCGGAACUUAAACCAUCUGUUUCAAAUUCAAUCGAAGUUGAUCACUUCUGGACUUUUUCCUUUCUGGGCUGCCAGGCUCUUGAAAUUUUAUUCAGAACUUGGUUAUAUGAAUUACACUUUUUUGAUCUUUAAUCAUAUUGAUUCUCCUGAUACUUUUUGUGUCAAUUACGUCCUUAAAGCUUGUUCACUCAGCUCAAAACCUUAUCAAGCUGUGGAUUUUUAUUUUGAGAUGCUUAAAAAUGGGUUGCUUCCUAAUAGUUAUUCUUUUGUUUCACUCUUUGCUGCUUGUGCUAAAAUGACGAGUGUUCGAUCCGGGAAGAAGUGCCACGGACAAGCUUUGAAGAAUGGGGUUGAGUGUAUUUUGCCAGUGCAGAACUCGUUGAUUCAUUUCUAUGGCUGUUGUGGGGAUGUUGAGUUUGCUAGGAAGGUGUUCGAUGAAAUGUCGCAGAGGGAUUCAGUGUCUUGGAAUUCGAUUGUUAAUGCGUAUGCUCAACUCGGUGAAGUGGGUAUUGCUCACGAUAUUUUUAGAAUGAUGCUUGAGAAAACUGUUGUCUCUUGGAAUAUUUUGAUUUCUGGGUACUUGAAGGUUAAUAAUCCUGGGUGUUCAUUGAUGUUGUUUAGGGAAAUGGUGAAUUGUGGUUUGCGAGGGAAUGAUGCGACUAUGGUAAGUGUGCUUACUGCUUGCUGCAAGUCGGCUAGGUUAAAAGAAGGGCGUUCUGUUCAUGGGUUUAUUAUCAGGAUGGCCAUGAAUUUGAAUAUAAAGCUUUUAACAUCUUUGAUAAAUAUGUAUAAUAGAUGUCAGAAAGUGGAAGUCGCGCGGAUAAUUUUCGAUAGGACAACUUAUAGGAAUUUGAUUUGUUGGAAUGCAAUGAUUUUGGGUCAUUGCAUUCAUGGAAAUCCAGAAGACGGACUUAAUUUAUUUAAGGAUAUGGUAGAAUCAUCUGGAAAGGGAGAAACUAUCGUUCCAGAUGAUGUAACAUACAUAGGCGUUUUAUGCGCUUGUGCUAGAGCAGGAUUGUUGACAGAGGGUAUGAAAUUUUUCAGCGAAAUGAAGGAUACGUAUAGUCUAAAGCCGAAUUUUGCACAUCAUUGGUGCAUGGCUAAUCUUUAUGCAGGUGUUGGGCAUAUUCAAGAGGCAGAGAACAUAGUAAGAAACAUGCCAAAGAAUGAUGAGAACACUUCAUCAGAAUCCUUGGCCUGGGCUCAUUUGCUGAGCUUAUGUCGUUUCCAGGCGGAUACUACUUUAGGGGAAAGAAUUGCAAAGUCGCUCAUUGAUGCAGAUCCUCAGAAUUUUGCACACUACCAGUUGUUGGUGAAUAUCUAUGCUGUGGCAGGUAAAUGGAAUGAUGUUACCAAGGUAAGGGGGUUGGUGAAAGAAAAAAAGCUCGGAAAAACACCGAGUUGUAAUCUCAUGGACCUGAAGGAAAUUGUUCACGAUUACAGAGUGGGACAUCUUUGGCAAGAAGGGAUAAAUGAUAUCAACAUGAUGAUAGGUGAAAGUUGCUGAAAGUGGAAGUAUGUAAUUUGCUCGUCUAGAACCUAUUGCAGGGGAAGAAUGAAGAAGAUGAUGAUAAUCGCGAGGGCUUUCCCUAAUAAGCAGCUGCCCAAUUUGGUAAUGGGGAAUGAUCUAAAUUGAAAUUUUGUAGUUUAUUUAUAUGGAUAGUGAUAGGCUGGUUAUUUUAGAAGUUCAUAGAAAUGCUUGUGAAGCAAGAAGAAUUUUGUAGGAAGAUUUUUAACCAAGUGUAGUUCAACCACUAUCUCAAUUGGUGAAAUACAAUAAGGAUUAAAUUAUCAAA